AUGUCUGCCUUCCUCCCGCUGGUCGACAGCCUGGACGACCAUGACCUCCUUCGAGCCCUUGCCCGCAUCGGGCCCCUUGUCGUGCCUCUCCUCCUCAACGACCCCGCGUCCCUCCCGACGGACGCAACUCGCUUCGUCCUCUUCGACUCCGACUCAUCCCAAGAUCAAGUCAUCUCUGCACUCGAUCACGGCGCGGAUAAGGUCAUCCUCCCCCUCGACCUCGGCAAGGAGCUCAUAGGACUCCUGCCCGAGGACAGGCUCCUCCUCCUCCUCGACGUGGGCAACGUCUCUGCCGUCUCCGACAAAGUCUGCCACGGUGUCUCUGGCGUGCUCAUCAAGACCCCCUCCGUCGACCCCGACUUCAUCGGUUCCUUCUCCCGCUUCUUCACCGGACUCACCGUCCACGCCCUACUCACCCCCUCCUCAGACCCGCCAUCGCGGUCGACCAUCGUUGCCCUCCAGACCGUCAAGACCACGAUCGUCGUCCCCACCUCGCAGCUCACCCUCUCCACCCCAGACGCCAAGCACCUCAACAUCGCAGACGCCUUCCUCGCGCCCCUCACCUCGGACCGCAAGGACGGCCUCUUCCCCACCGUCGUCUCCUCCCACCCCGACGGCGGCCGCACCCUCGGCCUCGUCUACUCCUCCCCCGAGUCCGUCAAGGAGAGCAUCCUCACCGGCAAGGGCGUCUACCAAUCGCGCCGGCACGGGCUCUGGCGCAAGGGCGAGAGCUCAGGCGCGACCCAGGACGUCGUCCGCAUCCGCGCCGACUGCGACGCCGACGCGCUCGAGUUCUCCGUCGUCCAGCACGGCGCGGGCUUCUGCCACCGCGAGCGCGCGUCGUGCUUCGGCGCGGGGGACCUCACCGGGCUCGCCGCCCUCGAGCGCACGCUCCAGGCGCGCCGCGCCGCCGCCCCCGCGGGCUCGUACACGCGCCGGCUGUUCGACGACCCCGCGCUGCUCCGCGCGAAGAUCAUGGAGGAGGCGGACGAGCUGUGCCGCGCGGAGACCGGGGAGGAGGUCGCGUUCGAGGCCGCGGACCUGCUCUACUUCGCGCUCGCCCGCUGCGUCGCCGCGGGCGUGAGCGUCACCGACAUCGAACGCUCGCUCGACCUCAAGGCCAAGAAGGUCACGAGGAGACCGGGGAACGCAAAGCCCCAGUUCACCAACCAGCUCAGCCCCACGUCGGAGGAGCCCAAUGAAAGUGCAAGCACGCCCCCGGUAUCCACACUCGCACCCACCGUGGCCCCAGCACCCGUCGCUGCGGACGACGAGCCCAUCCGCAUGCGCAGCUACACCCUCUCGUCCCUCUCGCCCCCGGAGCGCGCACAGCUCCUCCGCCGCCCCGUGCUCAAGUCCGACGAGAUGAUCGCAAAGGUGAAGCCGAUCGUCGACGCCGUGCGCACCCGCGGCGACGCCGCCCUGCUCGAGCUCACCGCGCGCUUCGACCGCGCGCACCUCCCCGACCCCGUCCUCCUCCCGCCCUUCGCCCCCGAGGCCACCGCGCUCCCCGACGCCGUGCGCCGCGCGAUCGACGCCGCGUACAAGAACAUCCGCGCCUUCCACGCCGCCCAGGCCGACGCCGCCCCGCUCGUCGUCGAGACCAUGCCCGGCGUCGUCUGCUCCCGCUUCGCGCGCCCGAUCGCCCGCGUCGGGCUCUACGUCCCCGGCGGCACCGCCGUCGCCGGCUGCCGCUCCAUCGUGCUCGCCACCCCGCCCCGCCCCGACGGCACCGUCUCGCCCGAGGUGCUCUACGCCGCGCAGCUCGUCGGCGCCUCCGCCGUGCUCCGCGCGGGCGGCGCGCAGGCCGUCGCCGCGCUCGCGUACGGCACCGCGCGCGUGCCCAAGGUCGACAAGAUCUUCGGGCCCGGGAACCAGUGGGUGACCGCCGCGAAGAUGCUCGUCCAGAACGACACCGACGCGCUCGUCGCGAUCGACAUGCCCGCCGGCCCGAGCGAGGUCCUCGUCGUCGCGGACCGCGCGGCGAACCCGGCGUUCGUCGCCGCGGACCUCCUCUCCCAGGCGGAGCACGGCGCGGACUCGCAGGUCGUGCUCGUCGCGGUGCGCCUCGCCGACGCCGCUGUGGCCGCGAUCGAGGACGCGCUCGACCGCCAGGCGCGCGCGCUGCCCCGCGUCGCGAUCGUGCGCCAGUCGAUCGCGAAGAGCAUCAUCGUCCGGGUGGACAGCGUCGAGGAGGCGAUCGCGUUCUCGAACGACUACGCGCCCGAGCACCUCAUCCUGCACCUCGAGGACGCCCCCGCCGCGGUCGCCGCGGUCGAGAACGCGGGCAGCGUGUUCGUCGGGCCAUACUCUCCUGAGAGCUGCGGGGACUACGCGUCGGGCACGAACCACACCCUCCCCACGAACGGGUACGCUCGACAAUUCAGCGGGGUCAAUACCCUCUCCUUCCAAAAGCAUAUCACGUCGCAGGAGAUCACGGCGGACGGGCUCAAGGAUCUCGGACCGAUUGUGGCGACCCUAGCUGAUUGUGAAGGCCUGGACGCCCACGCAAAUGCCGUGCGCAUCCGACUGCGCGAGCUGGGCCACUUGUAA